AUGUCCCUGCUCCUCCAGCGGCACCAGCACUGCCACCGGCCAUGCCGUGCCGUGCUGCAAGAGCUCCUGGGGUCUCUGGCCGUUCCCCGGAGUCCCUGCUCCGUGCAGGGUCCAGCCCUCACAGGGACCCGCACCGCCCAGUCAGCAAAGGCUGCCCCGCUCCAGCAAACCAUGCCCGGGCACCGCUGUGGCUGCGGACAGCGGGACACCCCUUUGCCUGUGUCCAGGCUCACCCCAGCAGCUUUGCUGCCUUCUCAUGCAGGGCCCAUCCUGGGGGGGUACCGCAUCUCCAAGUAUGGCGUGGAGGCCUUCUCCGACAGUCUCCGGUACGGCAGCGGCAGCCACCAGCAGCCCCCUGUGCUCCCCUAUGCCAGGGCUUCAGAGCAGCAGCGAGCCAAGGCAGGAGCUUGUGAAAUACCAAUAUGGUUGAGAAACCAGGGCACUGCUAGAGCAACAGUUGUGCAACCAGAGGAAGGGUUUCGAGAAAGACUUGAGCAAGGACAGGGCUCCCCUGCACCCUCCCAGGGGACAACAGGGUGCCCAGAGGGGAUCACGGCCUCCCCCUCGCCCUGCGUGGCUCAGUCCUGCCCCCCCCCCAGCCCCAUCUCAGCUCAGGACAGCACCUCCGUCUGCGAGGCUGACAGCCCAUCCCUGGCCAGGCGUGAGAUGUGCCCCUUCGGGGUGCAGAUCUCCAUCAUCAAACCUGGCGGCUUCUGGACAGGGAAGACCGACCCCGCAACUGUGGUGAAGGUCUUCAAGCAGCUCCCAGCAAAAACCCAGGCAGCCUAUGGCCACCAUUACCCGGAGACCUAUGCCAAAAGCAGCGUCCUGCUGCACCGCCUGAGCAUCCUGCCCGUUGUCACCAGUGUCGUGGCACACGUGCUGCUCGCCCGCUUCCCCCACAGCCGCUACGCGGCCGGCUGGGAUGCCCGGCUCACCUUUCUGCCGCUCAGCUACUGCCCAGCCUGGCUCACCGCCGCUGCCAUCGGCUUAUUUCUGCCCGUCCCGGCCAGGGGGACGCCCGCACGCCCCUGAGGAUGGCCACCAGACUGGGGAUGUGGACGCAGCACCCGCAGGCACCUGCUUGCCUCAAGCCCCUGUUAAUGUGCUCAGUAAAGCUGGUGCAA